AUGGCCAGAACCAAGCAAACCGCCUGUAAAUCCACCAGAGGAAAAGCUCAGAGGAAACAGCUGGCUCCCAAAGCUGCCCGGAAGAGCGCUCCGGCUACCGGGGGGGUGAAGAAGCCUCAGCGUUACAAGCCCGAUACCAUGGCGCUGACAGAGAUCUGCCACUAUCAGAAAUCCACCGAGUUGCUGAUCCGCAAGCUGCCCUUCCAGCGACUGGUGAGAGAAAUCGCUCAGGAGUUCAAGACCGACCUCCGCUUUCAGAGCUCCGCUGUGAUGGCUCUGCAGGAGGCCAGCGAGGCUUACCUGGUUGCAGUUCUGGACAGGUCUGGACUGCAGACAGUACAAGAAGGACUGUAUGAGUGUGGGAAGAUUUGA